CAGUGAAGAUGGGGAAAACUCAGAAGUUCCAUGCUAUCGCAUCGAAAAGAAAAAAAGAUUGCCAGAGAUAGGGAGAGGCUUGGAGUCACUAGGAAGGGCCAGAGAUCAGGUCAGACAGGCUUACGCAGACAUUGACCCAGAUGUGGCAGAAAUUCUGAGGGAGGAUGCAGAUGCUGUCAUCAACAUAAGUGUGUCUUUUGAUGGCACUUGGCAGAAAAGGGGCUUUACUUCACACUAUGGCAUUGGUGUGUGCAUAGACCUUAUUACAGGGCUUGUGAUAGACUUUGAAGUUUUAUCAUCUUACUGUCAUGCAUGUGCACUAAAGGAAAAUGCUAGGAGAGAAAAAAACAUCACAGAGGAGGAGUACAACACAUGGAAAGAAAAGCACGAUGACUGUACAAAGAACUUCUCUAGUUCCAGUAAAGCCAUGGAGCAGGAAUCAGCUAAGCGCAUGUGGGGGAGAUCCAUAAGCCGGCAUCAGCUGCGCUACACUCAGAUGCUUUCUGAUGGAGACAGUACUGCAUUUAGGGAGGUUGUUGCACUGAAUCCUUAUCCAGGACAUGAAAUAACAAAACUAGAAUGCAUCAACCAUGCACACAAACGUAUGGGUACAGCUCUAAGAAAACUUAGUGCACAGGGUAAAUUGGGUGGGAAAGGAGCAGGCAAGCUCACAGCUGCAAAAUGUAAAAGCUUGCAAAAUUAUUAUAGAGGAGCAAUACUUAAUAAUCAGGGCAAUGUAGAACAAAUGAGAACUGCUAUUUGGGCUAGCCUCCUACACUCCAUAUCAACAGAUGAGAAUCCCCUGCAUAACAGAUGCAAACCCUCAUGGUGCUGGUACAGGAAAGCAGAGGAAAAUGGUGUGACACCAGAGAGUCACAAUGAGCAUGCAGGCUGCUCUCUGACAAAAGAGGUUGGCAAAAAGCUUAUUCCAUUAUAUCAUAGGAUGUCCAGUGAUAGCCUACUGCAGAGAAUGCAACAUGGGGGCACCCAAAAUGCAAAUGAGUGCUUAAAUUCUGUCAUUUGGUCAAGGUGUCCCAAAACUGUAUUUGUUGGCAAAAACAGAAUGGAGGCAGCAGCCAGUAUGGCUAUUUCAACAUUCAAUGAAGGUGCUUCUGCCAUUUUAUCUGUAAUGGACAGAUUGUGGCUUGAGACCACAGAGGUCACAGUUAGUGCAAUCAAAAGUGCAGACAAGCUUCGGAUAGUAAAAGCAGAUUCUGUGACCUCUGCUUGUGCAAAACAAAAGAAAGAGCUGUGACAUAGACAAAAAGGCCAAAAGACACAAGCAAGAGCUUAAAGAAGGGCCAACAUAUGAGGCAGGCAUGGCAGACUAAGUUGGGGCCUCUCCUCUCUCCUAUCCUCUUUCUGCUAGACUUCUCCUUGAUUUGUCCUCCUCUCAUUGUGUCACUGUCUAUAAUAUAAAUCACACAAAGAAGUCACACACAGUCUAUAUAUGUAUUCAUUUGUGUAGUAUAGCUUUGGGGAAAAUGAUAAAUGAGUUACUGUUACAAAAAAAAGUGUAAUUUUUAAUCUGUAAAUAUGAAAUUAUGCAAUCAAUAUCUUUAGCAGCCGUUUUCUCAAAAUGAGUUUUUUUUCAACUUUCUGAACCAAAAAUGUCAACUUGUGUAGCACUUAUCUAAGCCAUAUUUUCCAUGUUCAUUCUUAGUUAUAUUCUGAAGGUUAUUACAGAAGGAUUUAUUGACACUGUUUUUUACCGGAUUUACAUAACAUUUUUGGGUUAAAAAUAUGGCGAUAAUCACAUUUUAAUACGUGUUUAUAGUAUUUUCAUAUUUUUUAUUUAAAAAAAAAGAGAUAUCCAAAAUCUAUUCUGUAAAAAUUUGUAACACUGUUAUGUUAUUAAAAUGAAAUAAAGAUUACAAGUGUAAAUGUU